CGACGCCGGCGGCGUCGUCGGUAGGCGUUGCGGCGGUCGGCGCGUGCCCAGCCUGCGCCUAGCGAACGGCCGCGUGGCCGCCGCUCAGUCCGAGGAGGAGAUUCGGUCGCCGCCGCAGCAGCAGCAACCGCCGCCGCCGCGACGGCUCGCCAAAGAUGACUCGAUCAAAAUCAGCAUCGAGAAUACGAACACGUGUACCGACUCGCUGGUGACCGCGUUAGACGACGAGACGCUCCUCAUCACCGACUUCCUGCCCAACGACAACAACAGCAUGGCCAUGAACUACAAAGGUGGUAGCGGCAAGGUCCACUUCGGCGUUGACGACGUCUCCUUGUACGGGACGCCGAAGGAGGAACCAGGACCUACGCCGCUUGGAUCGGCCGCGGCUGCCGCCGGUCAGGAUGGCAAGCAGAGCUUCCUCAAGAACCAGCUACAAGCGCUCUUCCAGCCGACGGACAACAAGCUUGCGAUGAAGCUUUUCGGCUCGAAGAAAGCGCUCAUGAAGGAGCGCAUACGGCAGAAGGCCUCCGGACAUUGGGUCAUACACCCGUGCUCCAGCUUCCGAUUUUAUUGGGACUUAUGCAUGUUACUGUUAUUGGUAGCAAAUCUUAUCAUAUUGCCGGUUGCCAUUAGUUUUUUCAAUGACGACUUAAGUACUCGAUGGAUUGCCUUCAACUGUUUGUCCGAUACAAUAUUCCUAAUCGAUAUCGUUGUCAAUUUUAGAACAGGUAUAAUGCAACAGGAUAACGCAGAACAAGUGAUCCUAGAUCCGAAACUUAUUGCCAAGCACUACUUGAGGACGUGGUUUUUCCUAGACCUCAUAUCGUCCAUUCCCUUAGACUAUAUAUUUCUUAUAUUUAAUCAAUUCCAGGAUUUUGGCGAAAGUUUUCAAUUGUUACACGCGGGCCGCGCAUUGCGCAUUCUAAGGCUCGCGAAAUUGUUGUCCCUUGUGAGGCUGCUGAGGCUGUCUCGUCUCGUACGAUAUGUUAGCCAAUGGGAAGAAGUUUAUAUCUUGCAGAACCUCCAAAAAAAGCGAACGGAACGACGGGGGCGCCUUAGUUCGGAUCUCGACAAGUCUAAAUACAGCAAAAGCAAUCUAAUAUUCAAGUUUCUGAACAUGGCCAGCGUAUUCAUGCGAAUAUUCAAUCUCAUUUGUAUGAUGCUGCUCAUCGGCCAUUGGUCUGGAUGUCUUCAGUUCUUAGUGCCGAUGUUGCAGGGAUUCCCUCCACAUUCUUGGGUUGCAAUUAACGAACUUCAAGAAGCGAACUGGUUGGAGCAAUACUCGUGGUCUUUAUUCAAAGCUAUGUCACAUAUGCUUUGUAUAGGAUACGGACGUUUCCCUCCUCAAUCAUUGACAGAUAUGUGGCUAACAAUGCUCUCUAUGAUAUCAGGAGCCACUUGUUAUGCUCUCUUUUUGGGCCACGCAACGAAUCUCAUUCAAAGCUUGGAUUCUUCAAGAAGACAAUACAGAGAAAAAGUGAAACAAGUUGAAGAAUACAUGGCAUAUAGGAAAUUACCAAGAGAAAUGAGACAACGUAUCACCGAAUACUUCGAGCAUCGAUACCAAGGAAAAUUCUUCGACGAAGAGUGUAUCUUAGGAGAAUUAUCGGAAAAAUUACGCGAAGACGUCAUUAACUACAAUUGCAGAUCGUUGGUGGCAUCGGUGCCAUUCUUUGCCAAUGCAGACUCGAAUUUCGUUUCGGACGUAGUUACAAAACUAAGAUAUGAAGUCUUCCAACCAGGUGAUAUUAUAAUAAAAGAAGGAACCAUUGGUGCCAAGAUGUACUUCAUUCAAGAAGGAAUCGUGGACAUCGUAAUGGCAAAUGGUGAUGUAGCGACGAGUUUAUCAGACGGGUCAUAUUUCGGCGAAAUCUGUUUGUUAACAAACGCAAGGAGAGUAGCUUCCGUGAGAGCGGAAACUUACUGUAAUCUCUUUUCCCUAUCUGUCGAUCAUUUUAACGCCGUUCUGGAUCAGUAUCCCUUAAUGAGGAGGACGAUGGAAUCGGUGGCGGCGGAGAGGUCAGUGCGUUGGUUGAACAAAAUAGGAAAAAAUCCAAACUUGGUGGCACACAGGGAAGAGGAUUUGGGCAGCGAGAGCAAAACGAUAAACGCCGUGGUAAAUGCUUUAGCCGCGGAAGCGGAUAACGUCAACAUGUCGGACGAAUCAGUGGCAAGACUUCAUGCAAGCGAUCGAAGUUUAAACGAUCUUGGCAGGACGCUGCAAAAACUUACGUUGCCGAGACCAAAAUCGGAGAACAACUUCGCCUCGCAAGAUAUACCAUUGCAAAGGACGAAUGGACACAACGGCAGACCGUCAUUUCACAAAUCGGACACGUUUCACAAGGAAUCGGCGUUUCAAUGACGUCACUCUACGCACUAGUGCUCAUCGUAUUAUCAUACUGCAUCUCGUAACCUCACUAUCUAAUAGAAAAUUUCUAGUUUUUCUAAAAAAAUAAUUCUUCAAAUGUGACCUGACAAAAAAAUAUCUAUCCAAUUCUAAUCUAUUUUAAUUUUCUCUAAUUUUCUUUAAGCAAAACCUAAAGAUAUUUAAUUAGAGCGAUUCAAUUAGAUGUAUACUAAGUGAUUUAUUAAAUCAUUGGAAUCAAACACCAAUAAUUUAAACAAACUGAAUCACUGGAUAUACAUAAUAUUUAUCUUGUUUUUAGUGUUUAAUAUGAAAUGUCCUUCAUCCCAUAACUCUCACCACGCUGUGUAGAUUCUACCAUCCAAUCAUUUCAACCUCUAAUAAAGAAUUACCAAAAUCUGUACCUACCUUAAUCCUUCUGAAACGCAGAUGAAAUAAGAGUACUGGUGCGUGCACAACAAAUUCGUUUUUAAGGAAAAAGAAGAAUAAAAAACGGUUUGUUGAUGAAAUUAAAGCAAUACGUGUGCGAAAAAAAAGGACACUUAAAAAAGUAUAUAAGUAAUAUAUACAUAAAAAUAUUAUUAUAAAAAAAUGAGAGUAAAAAAAUAAGAAACCGCUAGAAUAUUGUGCAAUAUUAGAUGAUACUAAUUUUAAGUUUUAGCUUAAAAAACAAUUAGGUGCUCAAAUGAACUACGAUAAUAUACAUAAAUAUAUUAUUAAAAAAUAGUGUAUACACCGAAACCGAAUCCGAAAAAGAACGCGUCGCGACGCCAAAAACUUUAAAAGCACCGCCGAAUUAAAUAAAUUUGAAAAAAGAGAAUGGAAACGACAAAAAUUCAGAAUAAGCGUAACAAAGGCCUUAGAUAUCGCAAAGCAAUUAACGUAAAAAUAAAAUUUGGUAGGCUGUGAUCGCCAUAGUCUCUUGUAUAGUAACGUUUUUAAGCAUGAGUUGCGUUGAUUCAAAUAAAUUGUGAGUAUUUUCGGUCGCGACCAAUCUCUUUGUUUCUAGAUUUCGCGCGGUGCUUUUUAACUAAUUCGCCUUGAAUAUACGCCAUACCUCAUGCACAUGAAAAUAAAACAUUUAUUCAACACUUAUACAUUAAGAAGGCCAUCUGCCAUCGCGACGCGAACUUAAUAGCGGCGGCCAUAUUUGCACACACAAAAAGUAAAAUCAAGAAAAUAAAUAAUUAAAAACACUUGUUGCUAUUGAACAAAAUGUAAAGUACAUAAAUGAGAAUCUCUUGCCCUGACUCUAUAGAUGAAAAUGAUUUUGUUUAUUUCGUUUAAAUGAUUGAAGAAUUGGCCUAAUUUAUAUUAAUCUAUUAAGGUAAACAAGAAAUUAAAUUAAGUACCACUUAGACAUU